ACCGGAGGCCUCUGAACCACGCUGUCUCUGUGGCGCAAUCGGUUAGCGCGUUCGGCUGUUAACCGAAAGGAGCCCGGGGGCGCGCACUGGGCGGGCGCGCCCACAGGCAGUAGGCGCGUCGGAACGACUCUCCCCCGUCCCUGUUUCCGCUGGUGCCUAUUUGGGCGAAGGACCAGACCGGAACGCUUUGGAGGACGGACCGCAGAGGUUGUCUGAAGGCCGAGGCCGAGAUGGCGGCGCGGGCGGCUCCUGGCCUGUUCUGUGUGCGGAUCCUGGGCCUACGCUCCAGCAUAGAUGCAGUGACCCAGGUGCGCAGAGUCCAUCAGAAUGUGGCCACUGAGGGUCCGAGCAGCACACAGUCUGCAUUACCCAAGGCUGGAGCUGGAGCUGGAGCUGGAGCUGUGGUCCCCAAGCCCUCCCAUCUUCCCAGAAGCCGGGCAGAGUAUGUGGUGGCCAAGCUGGAUGACCUCAUCAACUGGGCGCGCCGGAGCUCCUUGUGGCCUAUGACCUUCGGCCUGGCGUGCUGUGCUGUGGAGAUGAUGCACAUGGCUGCUCCACGCUACGACAUGGACCGCUUUGGUGUGGUGUUCCGUGCCAGCCCGCGUCAGGCUGAUGUGAUGAUUGUAGCUGGCACACUUACCAACAAGAUGGCCCCUGCACUCCGCAAGGUGUACGACCAGAUGCCUGAGCCUCGGUAUGUGGUGUCCAUGGGGAGCUGCGCCAACGGCGGUGGCUACUACCACUACUCCUACUCGGUUGUGCGAGGCUGCGACCGCAUUGUGCCAGUGGACAUCUAUGUGCCAGGCUGCCCGCCCACGGCCGAGGCUCUGCUCUACGGCAUCCUGCAGCUGCAGCGGAAGAUCAAGCGUGAGCAGAAGCUGAAGAUCUGGUAUCGCAGGUAGAGCCGCCGGGCCACGCACCAGCCCUGGAUCCCAGUGUGAAUAAACCCACCCAAAUCCAG